UAAAAUCGCGAGCCGGAGCGGGCCGUGCGCUUGACGCUGCGUAGCGGGUUGCGGACUUGCGGGCGGAGGGGCCGGGGAGCGGGUGAGUUCCCGUCAGGGCAUCUUUCUGCCGGCCGCGCGGUGCCGGCUUCCCUGCUUUGCGGUUCCCGACGAGGUCUCCGCUGUCGGGCUCCGGCCCCAGACAGUACAAUGGUGGGUGAAGAGAAGACGACUCUAAGAAAACGGCUGUCAAAGUCCAGGGAAGAUUCUGAGGAAAAUGAAGACCAGAGAAGCCCUUCAAGGGGGUCUCUGGAGACAGCUAGUAAUGGUAGGAUUAACUUAAAACAGUUGAUGGCAAAGAAGAUACAGUUGACAGCAGAGGCAGAGGAAUUGAAGCCAUUUUUUAUGAAGGAAGUUGGCAGUCACUUUGAUGAUUUUGUGAACAGUCUCAUUGAAAAAUCAGCAUCCUUAGACAAUGGUGGGUGUGCUAUCACAAGCUUUUCUGUUCUUGAAGGAGAGAACAACCACAGAGCUAAAGAUUUCAGAGCACCUCCAGAACAUGGAAAGAUUUUUGUUCUAAGGCAAUCUCUCUUAGAUGAGCUGUUUGAGGUGGACCACAUCAGAACAAUCUAUCACAUGUUUAUUGCCCUCCUCAUCCUGUUCAUCCUCAGCACACUUGUUGUAGAUUACAUUGAUGAAGGAAGGCUGGUGCUCGAGUUCAGUCUCCUGUCUUACGCUUUUGGCAAACUUCCUAUUGCUAUGUGGACAUGGUGUACUAUGUUCUUGAGUACACUUGGUGUUCCCUAUUUCCUCUUUCAACGUUGGGCCAGAGGUUAUAGCAGGAGUACUCACCCACUGGUCCAUUCUCUCUUCCAUUGCUUCCUUUUCAUGGUCUUCCAGAUUGGCGUUCUAGGUUUGGGACCAACGUAUGUUGUAUUGGCAUAUACGCUACCACCAGCUUCCCGGUGCAUUGUUAUACUUGAACAGAUUCGUUUCGUAAUGAAAGCCCAUUCAUUUGUUAGAGAGAAUGUGCCUCGGGUACUAAAUUCAGCUAAGGAGAAAUCAGAGACGAUUCCAAUACCCACAGUCAACCAGUACCUAUAUUUCCUGUUUGCACCUACCCUCAUCUACCGUGACAACUAUCCCAGGACUCCCACUGUAAGAUGGGGUUAUGUUGCUAUGCAGUUUUUACAGGUUUUUGGUUGCUUUUUUUAUGUGUACUACAUCUUUGAAAGGCUCUGCGCCCCCUUGUUUCGGAAUAUCAAACAGGAGCCCUUCAGCGCUCGUGUUCUGGUCCUGUGUGUAUUUAACUCCAUCUUUCCAGGUGUGCUGGUACUGUUCCUCACGUUUUUUGCCUUUUUACACUGUUGGCUAAAUGCCUUUGCUGAGAUGUUACGCUUUGGUGACAGGAUGUUUUAUAAGGAUUGGUGGAACUCCACAUCAUAUGCUAACUAUUACAGGACCUGGAACGUUGUGGUUCAUGACUGGUUGUAUUACUAUGCUUACAAGGACUUUCUCUGGUUUUUCACCAAGAGGUUCAAGUCGGCUGCCAUGUUAGCUGUCUUUGCUGUGUCUGCUGUAGUGCAUGAAUAUGCCCUGGCUAUUUGCUUGAACUUUUUCUAUCCAGUGCUUUUCGUGCUCUUCAUGUUCUUUGGAAUGGCUUUCAACUUCAUUGUCAACGACAGUCGGAAAAGGCCAAUUUGGAAUGUUAUGAUGUGGACUUCCCUUUUCGCGGGCCAUGGCGUCAUCCUGUGCCUUUAUUCCCAAGAGUGGUAUGCACGUCAGCACUGUCCUCUCAAAAAUCCCACAUUUCUGGAUUAUAUCCGGCCACGUUCCUGGACUUGUCGUUAUGUGUUUUAGAAGCUUGGACUUCGUUUCAUUCCUUGAUACUGAAGAUGGGUAUUCUGCCUGAUUUGGGGCCAGCAUCUGUUUCCAGUCGUUGCUGACGUUACCUGUCGUAUUUGGAUCACUGCGCGCUUUACAGAUGGCUUGCUCCGUUCCUAGGUCAGCUGAGAUAUUGCAAGUUUACUGGAAUCUUGUGCACUUAAAGCAGGACUCUUUUUUUUUUUUUUUAAAAAACCUUUUUGGGAGAAGGGAGACUUACAGCUGACAACAGUGACCAAUUUUUGCUGGGUUUUGUUUUUGACUCCCAUCUAAACAUCAUGACUAAACCCCCAUGUGUCCUUGGCCACUGACUUAGCCAAAACACUUAACGAAGAAAUAAUUUAAAUAUUUGGGGCUUAGAAAUUUUUUUCAGGCACACUGUUGGAAUGUAUGCUAAUUAACUAUGUACCUGGGAAAGGAAAGAAAAUAAUGUGGAACAUUUUGCUAUUUCUAGUAGAGUGAAAAUCUCUAGUUUCCAAAGAUAAUCUUGUUAUGCCUCCUAUUUGUUUUUGUUUUUGUUUUUUUAAAAAGUUCGGUCUACUCAGUUUUUACCUUGUUUUCUCUAUGAAGUGUAGGUCAUGAUUUCUGUGAAGCAAAAUUACACCUUUCACCUUGAAUUCUUGAGUUUGUAUCUGAAAUCUUACAUAUUGAGGGAACAGAAAGAAGUAGGAAGGGAAGAAGAGAGAAGUGGCACAGGACAAAGAAAAGACACUUCCUUUUACAUCUUCCAAAAUAAUUUUUAAAAAAGACUUGCUGAGUCAGUCAUAUGUUUAAAUUAUUUUAUCGUGGAACUUAAUGUGGAAGAUAACUUUUUUUGGUUGUAAACGCUAUUAAGGUAAUAACUUUCGGGAAGUUAUUUAGAAGUACUCUUUGGUAUACUUACUGUUUAAUAAAUACUGACUUGAAAUAGUUGGCAGACUAGUAAGUCUGUAACAUAUAAGUAUUAAUCAAAUUCCAUUAAUAUUAAAGUGAUUUUUAAAGAUCCAGAAGCUGGCUUCUGCAGUGCUCAAUUAUUACACUUUUAAUGGUAGUAUGUAUACUUUAGCUGAAACAAAUUAAUAUGUUAUCAUUUUCAAGAAAAUGUACUCUAUUAUGUGAUGUCUCCUUGUUAUAAGAUGCUCAUUGCUAAUACAGUGUGGUGUGCAGGAAUUAUUUUGUCUGUAUGGGGUGUGAUUAUGUUUGUCAAGACCAAGCAUUGAAUGGGAUCAUAGACCAUGGAGUUCAAUCUUCCACUCAACUAAGACUUAAGAAUUACCCAAAAGGUGAUUUUUAUUUGGAGCAGCCAACCCGAGAGGCUGUGUUGGUAUCCUAAUAGCCCUACUUCUAUCCAGAAAGUUGUGGGACAUCUUUUUAGAAUUGUUUUAAAGUCAGUUUGAGUGUCAUAAGGAGAAUGGAGUUUCUUAGUCACAACUUAAUUUGUAUCACAAGUACCCAGCCUCAUUACCCAUUUUCUUCAGUACCUUUGAUGCAGAUGAGUUGGGGCAAUUUUCAAACAUCAAACCCAGCUUUAACAGAUAGGCUCCUGACUGUGACAGGAGGUUUUCACACAUUCCCAGCAGUAACUGUCUCCCAGCAGGGAGCCAUAACCUCCAAAUGAGACUGCUUUAUACGACAUCUUGUAAAUGUUGGUAUUUUUUUUUUUUUUCAAGUUAAAAUGAAUCAGUCAUUUGAAAUUUUUUUUAAAGAUUUUAUUUAUUUAUUUGACUGACAGAAAUCACAAGUAGGCAGAGAGGCAGGCAGAGAGAGAAAGGGAAGCAGGCUCCCUGCUGAGCAGAGAGCCUAAUGUGGGGCUCGAUCCCAGGACCCUGGGAUCAUGACCUGAGUUGAAGGCAGAGACUUAACCCACUGAGCCACCCAGGUGCUCUUAUUCACUUGAAAUAUGACUACAUUUUAAAUAUAUUGAGGGAGUUAAGAAAACCAGAUUGGUGUAAGAUUUGUUCAUGAGUGAGUCAUCACCUGAAGGGAGAGAAUGAAACCCUCAAAUCUGUAUUUCUGUUAAGUGCUGUAAAUGUUGGACUCUUCAUUGCUAUUUGAUUUUUGUUGCUGUCUCUCAAUUCUGAAUAUUGCAUUUAUUGGAUUGAUUAAGGCUGGUGGGUUUUUGGUUGUUGUUGAUUUGCCUUUUUUUUUUUUUAGCAUGAUUUCAUCUUCCCUUUACUAGUUUUUUCCCCCCUGCCCAAGACCUUGAAGUGACAACAAAGGAUACUUAAAACUAAGGGUUCUUUAGAACCCUUAGACCUUAAGACUGCCCUAAGAAAUUUUCACAAAUGUGUAAAGGAAGAGCUACUUUCUGUGACAAACUAGUUUGAUAGCCAUGGACUGCUAGCUGCUCAUAGCAAAAGUCAUUUUAUUUAAACCACUAUCUACACUCCUAAAUAAAACUUCUGUUAUGUUUUAGGAAGAUUUACUGACUUUUCCUCUUUUGCUUAUAGGAUGAUACUUUUUUUUUUUUUUUUUUUUUAAGAUUUUUUCUUUAUUUAUCUGACAGAGAUCACAAAUAGGCAGAGAGGCAGGCAGAGAGAGAGGAGGAAGCAGGCUCCCUGCAGAGCAGAGAGCCUGAUGUGGGGCUCAAUCCCAGGACCCUGGGAUCAUGACCUGAGCCAAAGGCAGAGGCUUAACCCACUGAGCCACCCAGGUGCCCCAGGAUGAUACUUUCUUAUUUUGAAAAGGAAAGCUUUUAAAACUCCUUUCCUAUAAGAAGUAUUAAUGAUAGUAGCCAUAAUUGUGGGUGUUUCCUCCAAGGCAACAACAAUAUCUCAAACUUAAUUUUAAAAUCUGUUAGAUGCUUUCAUUCUCAGUCCUGGGUAGUGAAGGAAAAUGGAGUUGUUUUUGGUGGAUCAACCUCCUACAGUUGCCUAAUAAGUGAAGUUGCUUGCUUUAUGAUAGAAUUUAAUUAGAAAAUUCAGGCUGCUUUUAACCUUUCAGUAACUACUUUUUGAUUUUGGAAGCAUGAGGAGUGGGGGAAAUGCCUUUUCCUUUUAGCUGUAGGGUAAAAGUAGGUGACAUUGGCAGCUUAACAGGGUACAGUGUGUAAAUAGUCUAUAAUUGGGAGCACAGAUUGUUGCACAAGUCAUUGAUUUUGUGUAGGCGGUUUUCAUUGAAUUUUAAAAUCAUACUUGGCCUGAAGAGUGGACAGGCCUAAUAGAACAUUAUGUAUCUAAAAAGGUUUGUCAUGUGGGCUAUGUACCUAAAAAGAUGUAAUUUAUGAACUGUUAAAGUCUUCUAUGCAAAAAGAUGUUUUAUGUGGUCAUGAGUAAUUUUGAGCAAAGCUCAUUAUUUUGUAAGGGAAAAAUAAUGAAGGUAAACUAAUAACAAUUGUAGUAACCAGGUGGCCUGAUGGAGUGUGUUUUAGUUAUGAAACUAUAAAAAAAAUUGUUACACUUAAGCCCAGCAUGCAAAACAGAUAGAAUAGAACUGCUUCUGGUUGAGAUUGGGAUGCAGGGCUGGAGUCCUGUUGUUUGGGACACCCAUUUUCUCCUACCCCCAGAUACCAGUCAGAAAACCAAUGACGCAGCAAAAAAGGCAUGCACCGGUGUUUCAGAUAGCCUCAUACUUACUAAGCAGUGUGGCAGUAGGCACAGUUGCCUUGUUUAUCAGAGCCACAGUUUCCCUCAUCUGUAAAAUGGGGGCAGUAACUACCUCAUAGGGUUGUUGCAAAACACUAGCCCUGGCCGAAAGUGGGCCUCAGUAUCUUCUUACCUUCUAUAAAUUCUAAACCUGAAUCCUUGUUAACUCGUUGGAAUCUUUCAAAAAUGUGAAUGUUUGAAAUGCUGCAUACUCCUGAGAGUAUGUGCUUUUAAAUAGACUCAAUGACAAUGUGAAUCCCCGUUGUCACCUUGACUGAUAGAAGCACUCCUGUAACAGAACUGACAAGAAUUUAACACGAUUUUUCUUUUCUUUUCUUUUUUUUUUUUUUUAACAAUUUUAUUUAUUUAUUUGACAGAGAGAUCACAAGCAGGCAGAGAGGCAGAGAGAGAGGAGGAAGCAGGCUCCCCGCUGAGCAGAGAGCCGGGUGUGGGGCUGGAUCCCAGGACCCUGAGAUCAUGACCUGAGCCAAAGGCAGAGGCUUAACCCACUGAGCCACCCAGGCGCCCCUUAACAAGAUUUCUUAAAGGCACUCGUGUUUCCACCUCCGAAAUUACUUUCAGAUUUACCUGCUUAGUAUUUUAAAAAGAAAAGCACGUCUGCUUUUACCUAGGUAUUUAAGUGUUAGAAAUAGUGUGUAUACUUUAUAGUUAAAUUUUAGAAUUUAUGGAGAGGAAGGAAACCAAUGAGGCAUUAACUUUUGCCUGUGUAAAGAAAGCUUCUAGUCUUUUUUUUUUUUUUUAAAGAUUUUAUUUAUUUAUUUGACAGAGAGAAAUCACAAGUAGUCAGAGAGGCAGGCAGAGAGAGAGAGAGGGAAGCAGGCUCCCUGCUGAGCAGAGAGCCCGAUGCGGGACUCGAUCCCAGGACUCUGAGAUCAUGACCUGAGCCGAAGGCAGCGGCCUAACCCACUGAGCCACCCAGGCGCCCCGAAAGCUUCUAGUCUUGAAAGGCAAAAUUCUUAAUGGAAGAUAGUUCACACUUUGGUUAAUAAUGGUUAGCACACUUUGGUUGCUAACCUUGUGCAAAACUUUAUGUGACUUAUGUAGUUUUUAUGAACAGUUUAUAUGUGUGUGCAUAAAUACUACAGAGACAGCUCUGUCUUGGACACUUUUGCAUAUCUUUUCUCAAGGCUUUAUAUUUAUGGCUCAGAAAUUAAAGAAACUGGGACAUAAAGGUUCUGAGGAAUAAAAUGAGUAUUACUAGUAAAGCUUAUAUAAGAAUUUGAGUAGUUUCUAACAUCACUAAAGUUUCUAUCAGGUAAUAGAAUUUUGGAACUCAGUUUAUAAAAGAGGUAAAACACAAUUUCAACUCUGGUCGAAAGGGGGAGAAUGGAGUCCUUCUUGCUUGGUCUGCUCUUUCUUACCCUAAAUUUAAUGCCUGCUUGAACAUCAAUAAUGAUAAAAACUGGAAAGCUGUAGCCUAUGUAAUCUACGAAAUCCUUUCAGUCAAGUUCCCACUUUGUUUUUCUGUAAAGCAUAAAGACUUUUUAAUAGUUAAUUUGGAUCUGAGAAAAAGGGUUAAUUUCAGAAGUUAUGUAGUUUAAAAAAAAACAAAACACAACUAAGAUUGCCUCUUCUGUAUUCCUUUUUCUUCCCCAAAUGUUUUCUUCCUUAUUUUUACUAGCACUGCCAAGGGAGUGCUGAUGUGACACUAGCAGGUAAUCUCCUUGCUGUGGGGUCCGUUUGGGGUCUGUUUGUUUCAGUGAGGGGGCGGGUGUGCUCCCUCGUGGUUCUGAGACUUGAGGCAGUUUGUGCAUGCAGUCGCAUAGGGAUACAGUUUGGAUUCCCGUGUGCAGAUGUGCCAAUUCCUGUGUGAGAAGAGCGCUGCAGCUCCAGCCACGGCUCUGCCCUUUGGGCCCGUGCGGCAGCUUCCUUCCUGUGUCUACGCUUGUCCAGCUUGUGCUUUGAAAUCCGUCGUGUUCUGAGCAUAGCAGAGGUCAUGGACAUCUGUGGUGGUUUUAAAGGUUUUCCUAUAAUUAAAAGAUGUCUUUUCUGAUUCAGUCCUGUUGCUGUUUUCCAGAAUUUCUAUACAGGAACCACCCCCUCUCCCCAACACCCUGCCCUGUGUGUCUAAUCACUGGUACUGUCACUUUGUUCAGUAUGCACGGUCUUAAAAUCUACAUAUAUAAAAUGGCAAGAUAUUGGAUAUGUGAAGAAUGUGGUAAAUAAAAAUAUUUGGGAAAAACUUA